AGAGUUUUAGACACUCAACGAAAAAAUAUAGAUAAAUUCUACGAAAUCAUUAACAUUUAACAUUAAAAUUGAAAACCAACAACGCCAUUGUUUCAAUUUUCCAUCUGAGAUAGACAUUUUAAACAUCUGUAUUUGAUUUGACCCCAUGAACUUUAAGGCACGUGGGAACGCUGCACGCUGAACAUUUAUUCGAGAACUCCGUCACCUGUGUGUGGAAAAUACGUUUGUCCACGAUCAGGCGUCAAGAUGUCCGACGAUCAGAUGAAGAAGAUGCUCCGGGCUGUGCUCCAGUCCAAUAAGAAUGGGGUGUCAAUCUCACGGCUACAGGGGGAUUACAGGUCAUUGACAGGGGAGUACAUUCCAUACAAACAGCUGGGUUACCCCUCAUUGGAGACCCUCUUGCACAGUAUCCCCUCUGUGGUCAGGAUGGAGAAUCGCAUGGGGGAGGUAAUGUGCCACGCAGCCGUUUGCCAGGAAACGGCCCACAUCGCUCAGCUUGUGGCCCGUCAAAAGUCCAAUAAGAAGGUUCCCGGCCGCUCUCGGAUGCUGAACUGCCAGAUGAGACCGAAACAGUCUUCAAGCUUCAUGUUAUACUCAAAGCUUCGGACAUCCCUGCGUCAGCCCGACCUUCCUCCAGCGCGCCCCGUCUGGGGCCAGCCCUACGGCUCCGAGGCGCCAGCACGCUCGCGGGGCAACAAAACCUACGGAGGCUUCAGCGCCAGCGGAGAUGUCAGGAAGAUGUACAACCAGCAUGUCGAUAGGGUCAACUCCCAUGCUCCGCCGCCUCAGGGUCCCAACUGGGAGCCAGUCCCACAAGCAAAUGUGCAAAGAGAGGGGCUAAACAAGAAAAUGAUAAUUUCGUCUAAACCGUUGCAUGACGUCAACAAUUUAAUGUCUAAUAAACCAAAAACUGUCCCUGCUGCCCCGAAGCCCUCAGCCCUUCAGACAAGCGUCUACAACCCCAAGGUGGUCCAGAGCCUCUUAACUGAGGUCCUGAAGAAGUUUACCAGCGGCCUUUGGCUGUCCAAGCUGCCCGAAGUGUACCGGGCCAUGCACAACCAGGAUCUCCCUGGACAAGCAGUCAUAGACCUGGUCAACUGGACCCAUAUCUGCUGUGUUGAGAAGCCCGGGAGCACCAAUCGAGCGGACCGGCUGGUGUACCCCCCCCAGCCGAAAUCCCCAAGCCCUGUCGUCGUACCGUUCCAACCCAAACCCACUGCUGCUUCAGUGAAGCGAGGCCAAACCGUCCCAGCCCAUCCUGUCUCUAGACAUUCUGUUACCCCCGUCAAACCGGUCAACCUGGCCCCCUUGUUCCUCACCAUGAGGAGCCCCUCGUUAAACCAGAGUCAGACCUCUCCCGCCACCGCCCCCUCAUGGCAGCACUCGCCGACCUCUCCGGCCGCCCCCUCCGACUCCUGGACACGAGCCCCCAACUCCGCCUCUCCCCCCUCUACCUCGCAGAAUUCCUUUUCCGCCUCCUCGCUCCUGACCCCCACCUCCCCGACCCCUCCCCCGAUCGCAUCGCCUCGCCAGCCCAGCUCUCCAGCGGUGGACGUCCCUGCAGACGUGCGUGUCAAACUCAGGGAGCUGCUGUCUAAAUACAACCAGGGCCUGUGGGCACACGCCCUCCCCAAACUCUACCAGGAGACAUUCAAGGUCCCCUUUCCUGAGGACAUCCUGGCCAACCUGUGCCUGUUGUUUGACGUCUGCACCGUGGAGUACCCCAUGCCCGACAAGAAGAAGGCCAUCCUCUAUGGCCCCGCCGCUGAGCACAAGGCUGAGGCGAGCAGCACCCCGGCUUCUCCUUUGGGCUGUAAGUUCAGCAGCUCCUCCGACGUACCGCCUCUUGUGCUCCCGAAAGUGGAGUUCCCCUCUGUGCUGGUGGUGGAGGCUAGCAGCACCACCCAAGUCGUCCUCAGGUACAUAGGCGAAGACUAUUCCCAGGCUCAGCAGGCCAUGGAAGAGUCCAUGAGGACGCUGUACAGCCAGCCCGGCGCCCAGAGGCCCCUCUCGUUCCCCAGGCCUGGCACACUGGCAGCCGUGAAGGUGGAGGGCGGAGAGGAGGUUGUCAGGGCCCAGGUCUCUGAGGUCAUGAAGGACACAGUCAAGGUCUACUACGUGGACCAUGGUUUCUCUGAGGUCAUCAGUAAGACUCAGCUCAUGGAGCUCCAAAAGGACUUCUUCAAGCUGCCCUUCCAGGCAUCCCUCUGCACGCUAGCAGGCCUAGGGCCGUUCAGCUCGGAGCGCUCGGUGCUGAGCACGCUGGAGUCUCUGGCAGUGGGGAGGAUCCUGCUGGCGGAGCUGCUGGAGCAGGACGUGGCCACGCCCCGGGUGUUGCUCUAUGACACGUCGCUCAGCGAGGACGUCAACAUCAACGCGGCCUGCCUCAAGGCCCUGCAGGACACGACUAUGGAGAACCCCCUGCAGGUCAACAGCACCUACAUGAACGUGUCUGUGACCAACGUGUGUUCCGAUGGAACCAUCUACUGCCAGCUGCCCUCUCGGGGUCGGGUCAAGCUCAACGAGAUCUUGGAAAAGGUCGAGGCCUUCUUCAUAACCCAGGUGACAUCGGAUUCUCUGGUGUCUUUGCCGUUCUGCGGAAUGUGCUGCCUGGCCCGGCACAAAGGGAAGUGGUCCAGAGUGGAGAUCACCAACCUGCACGGCAGCCGAGUGCUGGACAUCCGGUUCGUGGACUUGGGCGUGCCGGCCUCCGUGGAGGUCACAGAACUGCGAGAGAUCCCUCCUCCGUUCCUCCGCGAGCUCGCCGUCAUCCCACCGCAGGCUAUUAAGUGCUGCCUGGUAGACCUCCCCCCUGAGAUGUGGACCCCUGAGGCAGUUCUCUGGCUCAGAGACGCUGUGCUCCACUCUGAGGAUUGUAUGAUGACGAUCUCCAAGCUAGAUGAAGCCAAGCUGGUGCACAUCUACUUGUUUUCCUCGAAUGGCUCGCAGAAUGACACCAACAGCAUCAACCGCCAGAUGGCGACCUCUGGCCUCUGGAAGCGGCCCGCCCCCGCUCCCCAGAAAGACCCUAGCCCGAGGUUCCUUGAAACCACGCUCAGCAGCGUGGUGGACCAGGUCACCCUUCACAGCUCGGACCGCAGCAUGGGCUCUGGGGACAUGUCGAGCGCACUUUCCCAGGCUUUGCACACCUCCGUCAGGUUGGGAAUGCAGUUGGCCCUCCCCUCCCCCAUGGAGCUUCCUCAGGCGGGCCAGAACAUGGACGUGUUUGUGUCUGUGGCCUGUCACCCGGGGCACUUUGUACUGCAGCCGUGGCAGGAUCUGUACAAGCUGGUAGUCCUGAUGGGAGAGAUGAUCCUUUACUACAAUCAGAGAGAGGAGAGGCUGGUGUCCCUGGAGUUACGAAAAGGAGAGGUCUAUGCCGCCAAGGUGGAUAACAAUUGGCACCGAGUGCUGGUGAAGGCCAUUCUGUCCAACGGUCUGGUCUCUGUCUAUGAGCUGGACUAUGGUAAACACGAGCUGGUUGGUAGCAGGGAACUUGAGCCCCUCAUAGAGUCGUUCAGACAGCUGCCUUUCCAGGCAGUCCGAGCACAGCUGGCUGGCGUGCAGCAGCGCGUGUGGUCUGAGGCGGCGUCCAUUGUGUUCAGGAAUCACGUUGAGAAGAAGCCCCUGGUGGCACAGGUGGAGAGCGUGGUGGAGGCAGAGUUUCCUUGGGACAGGAAGGUGGUGGUGUACCUUGUGGACACGUCCCAGAAGGAGAAAGACGUCUGGAUCCACAACAUCAUCGCUGACUUCCCGGAGGAACUGAGUACCGCGGUAUAGAACCGGACUAGACUGACCGGCUGUGUACUAGUGUUGUGGUGUUCUUAACAUAUGUGACCAAGACCUCUGUCAGUCUAUCACUGAUACAGAUAUUAUGUAGAGGCUCCUAGGAAUGUUGUGGUAUCUGCCUGAAACAGAUUCCUCUAUAUGGGGUGAGGAGUCUUAUCUAUGCAGUUGUGUUCAAUUUUAUAUUCAAAAUGUUUAAUUUCCCUCCCAUUGUUUGGUUACAUUACAUACAUUGUGUAUAUAGUUA